UGUUAUAAAACGUAUUUCUGUCUGAAAUUAACUUUUAUUAUUAUCAUUAUUAUUAUUUCUUUAUAAUAAUUUUCUUUUUAAUACGUGUUACGGUUUCUCAAUUGAUAACGCGGAUGUCGAAGAGCCUCCUGAAGCAAAAUGGAGCCUCGUUAUUUUUAUUUGAUUCGAUUUUAUUUCCAAACAUGUCAAAUCACACAGGUGUUCACGGAAGGUUGUGUUCGUACCCAGCGCUAAGACCCGGUGGCUUGUCCAUCACGGCGGAGUUCCAAACCACACAACAGGCGCUACAGGAGUGCACUACGUGCGUAGAUUGUAAAGCACUGAGGCACACUAAGUAGAGCACACAGACGUAAUCCGGGAGGGUUUUUGGAACACAGCCGCCGGGUUAGUGCCGUGCGGCCGGUCCUGAGCGGGGGACUCGUUCUCGCCUCCGCGCGGUGAUUGGGUGGAAGAUGGCGCUGGCCGAAUGGAAAUCCUAAUGACAGUUUCCAAAUUUGCCUCUUUUUGUACCAUGGGCGCCAAUGCCUCCACUUUGGAGAAAGAAAUUGGCUCGGAGCAGUUCCCUGUCAAUGAGCACUACUUCGGACUGGUUAACUUCGGAAACACCUGCUACUGCAACUCGGUUCUACAGGCUCUGUACUUCUGCCGGCCGUUUCGGGAAAAGAUCCUGGCCUACAGGAGUCAACCGCGGCGCAAGGAGAACCUGCUCACCUGUCUUGCCGACCUGUUUCACAGCAUCGCCAACCAGAAGAGGAAAGUGGGCGUCAUCCCACCGAAAAAGUUCAUCACACGGCUGCGCAAAGAGAACGAGCUCUUUGACAACUACAUGCAGCAGGAUGCCCACGAGUUCCUCAACUACCUGCUGAACACUAUCGCCGACCUGCUGCAGGAGGAGAAGAAGCAGGACAAGCAUAACGGCAAGCUGGCCAAUGGCACGCUCGACUCGCAGAAGAGCAACGGCGCUCCUCCGUCCCCCACGUGGGUGCACGAGAUCUUCCAGGGCACGCUGACCAACGAGACGCGCUGCCUCACAUGCGAGACGAUAAGCAGCAAGGACGAGGAUUUCUUGGAUUUGUCUGUGGACGUCGAGCAGAACACGUCGAUCACACACUGCCUCAGAGGCUUCAGUAAUACAGAAACCCUGUGUAGUGAAUACAAAUACUACUGUGAGGAGUGCAGGAGUAAACAGGAGGCACACAAAAGGAUGAGGGUGAAAAAGCUGCCCAUGAUUUUAGCCCUGCACCUGAAGAGAUUUAAAUACAUGGAGCAGCUCCAACGCUACACUAAGCUCAGCUAUCGCGUGGUCUUCCCUUUGGAGCUCCGCCUCUUCAACACGUCCGGAGACGCGACCAAUCCCGAGCGGCUUUACGACCUGGUCGCCGUGGUGGUGCAUUGUGGGAGCGGGCCCAAUCGCGGACACUACAUCGCCAUCGUCAAGAGUCACGACUUCUGGCUUCUUUUCGACGAUGACAUUGUAGAGAAAAUCGACGCCCAGGCGAUAGAGGAGUUCUACGGACUUACCUCGGAAAUCUCCAAGAACUCCGAGUCGGGUUACAUCCUGUUCUACCAAUCCAGAGACUGAGAAUAUUCAGCACAGCGGCCCCUAAUGGAACCCUGCGGAACGUGUCGGCCUGCGACUCCGUGUCCUUCUGCGUCCCACCCAGAGCAGGCUGGAUCAGAUCGCUCGGACUGCCCUCCCCCCCCCAUACUUCCCGCGGCCCUUGAUUCCAGCAUUCUCCCAACCGGCACUCCGGAUGUGACGCAGUUACAGCGUUGUGUGUGCAUCCCAAAAAAAAAUGUUUUAAUCGCACUGGCUGAAAUGUUUCCAAUGUACUCGACUCUGUGAUCCUGACAGUCCUGACAUGCUGCAACCUUUAUAAGCCUGAGUUUCUGACCAAAAGGCUUGUGCAUGGGGGAAAACAGGGGGCGUGUCCAGAACAGAGGGGGAGGGGCUAUAAACGGAACAUAUGGGGCUAUUUGUGGGUUUAUGUAUUUCUACCUUGUACAUAGUGGUAUUUGUAUAAAUAUUAUGAAAUUAUAAUAAUAUUAAUUACUGAUAUAGGUGAAAAAAAAACGAUCGAAACGUUGAAAAGAUGUAUAACACUAUGGUGCACUUUUGAUACAGUUUUGUAGGUGUUUGGCAGGUUUGUGUGAGGGUUUGCUUGAGACGACCUGUUGUGAAAUCAUUUUCUGUUUUAAAGAAAAAGAAAUAAAAAUGUAUAGCACGGGACACAGAGGAAGAUACAUCAGAUCUAUCGGAUUUCCGUCGAACCAAGUGAAAUCGGUUUGAAACAAAAAUGACCACAUUUACACCAUUAGUUAAUUGUUCGGUGUCGGACGUUUGCGUCUUGAGUUUUGCACUGAAGGUGGCGUGUUAUUGUUGCUCACAAAUAAAAAUGUAAUACAAAGCGCUGAUCACAACUCAAUCAAUCUGUUUAUAAACAAAAAGUAGCCGCCAUGUUACAUGCCAGGAAUCGCUCUUAUAAUACGUUUUCAUGCAUUUUACUAGACGAAUGAUUCUAUUAGUCUUCUUCAGCUUGUAGAAAUAUAUCUAGGAAAGAUUUAGAGUGACAGUCGAGUGCAACAAAUUUGUACACUCUUACGCCAAAGACGUCUAGACAUCUGGAGUUUUUGUUGUUGUCAAUUUUACGUUUGCCUGGGUUUUUUUUUGUUUAGUUUUUUUAAUAAUCCGGUAAAUUCUUGUUCGGUUUUAUCAGAAAAAAAAAAAGAUUUGUAUCUUAUCCUCAAAGCUCCGGUGCAAAACUGAAGAACUUCAAACGCAUCAAGACAUUCGAACGCAUCAAACCUGUCGAGGCUGAUUUACUGCAUUUGGAAUAAAAUUGUUUGAAAAUGUGUAA